UCACUUUUCCAGAAGAGGUUGCUGCCGUAUUAAAAUCAGAGUCUGUUGGUGUACUGCCGUAAAAGCGAAAGUAUGAGGCGUAACCUGAGCGCAUCCACCCCUACCGAAAGACUAUAGAAGGGGACUUUGCAUUACCCCGGAAAGCACAAAAGUGUCGAAUAAAAGUCAAAACAAUACCUAUCAACAUACAAUAAUGGAUCAGUCUGAGAGCGGUUAUGUUGCUUCGAUAGACUCUGAAACCAGACCAGACGAAUUCUGGGGUCAGCAGUCAGCUGUUCCUCUGGUUGUGGUUGAGGAGAUCUUCCUGAACCUGCCUGCACAUCAGGUGGUCCGAGUCUGUCGGCUGGUCUGUCACCAGUGGAAGGAGCUGGUGGACGAUUCGUCACACUGGAGAAAGCGCUGCAAGAGAGAGGAGAUCCAGCCCUACAAUGCUUCCAGACCCCCAGAGGACUGGCGUCUGUUUUACUUUCUAUCUAAGUUUAGAAGAAACCUGCUCAAGAAUCCCAAAGCUGAUGAUGGACUUCAGGGUUGGGAGGUUGUAGGUGACGAUGGAGGUGACCACUGGGUGACAGAAAGGAACAGAAAACCAUUUCCAGACAACACAGUCACCAAAUGUUUCGUAACAUCUGAUAGUUUGAAGAAGCAGCUGAUUGAUUUGAAGAAAGAAGGCUACAGCGAUGCUUUCAUGGAUCAAGUGCGACCUCGUAUCAAAAUAUCAGACUGGUACACCUCGCUCUCUUAUAAUGGAAGUCAGUAUCGAUUGUCUGUAGAGUUGCUAGAUCAGGAGAAAAAACCCAUCAGUACCUAUCAUCCUUAUAAAGUUUUCUGUCAGCAGGGGAACGAUCCAUGGUGGCAAAUGAACUAUGUCUUUGCCAAUUAUGGACCUGGGGCCCGGUUUAUCCUUUUCACUCAUGGAGGGAUAGGGUGGUCUGGAUUAGGGGUUACUAACAGCAGUGUGGAAAUCUGUCCAGCUGCAGAUAGGUUGAGAUGCACAAAAUCUAACUUGCUCAAGAAUCCCAGCGCAGAAGAUGGACUUCGAGGAUGGAGGAUUGUACAUAGUGGAGGUGACUGCUGGAUCAUAGGAGAAAACAAGAAACCAAUUCCAGACACAGUCACCAGAUGUUUUGUAACAUCUUAUGGGCUAUGUUUGAAGCAACAGCUGAUUGACUUAAACAAAGAAGGCUACUGCGAUACUUUCAUGGAUCAAGUGCAACCUCAUAUCAAAAUAUCCGACUGGUAUACGGCGCUCUCUGUUUGUGGAAGCGAGUAUCAAAUCCGCGUAGAGUUGCUUGAUCAGAGGAAAACCCCCAUCAAAACCUUUCAGCCUGAGAAAGUUAUAUUUUCAUUUGGGAACAGUGAGCCGUGGUGUGAAACGAGCCACAUCUUUAAGAAUUAUGGACCCGGGGUUCGGUUUAUCCGUUUCACUCAUGGUGGAAAGGAUACACAGUACUGGGCAGAUCAUUAUGGAGUACGGAUCACUAACAGCAGUGUGGUGAUCUAUCCAGCUGAUGAGAGCUUCAGACUCACAAAUCGUAACUUGCUCAAGAAUCCCAGCGCACAAGAGGGACUUAAAGGAUGGGAGAUUGUAGAAAAUGGAGGUGACCGCUGGGUGGCUGCAGAAAAUAGGAGAACGUUUCCGGUCAGCAAAUGCUUUGUGACGUCUUAUGGUCUAUGUUUGAAGGAGCAGCUGAUUGACUUGAAGGAAGAAGGCUACAGUGAUGCUUUCAUGGAUCAACAGCAACCUCAUAUCAAAAUAUCCGACUGGUAUGCCCCACUCUCUGAUUGUGGAAGUGAGUAUCAGAUCUGCGUGGAGCUGCUUGAUGAGAAGAAGAAACCCAUCAGUACCUUUCAGCCCGAGAAAGUUUUCUUUCGGCAGAGGACAGUUUGCUCAUGGCGUCAAAUGUUCCACGUCUGGAGUUAUGGACCUGGAGUUCGGUUUAUCCGUUUCACUCACGGUGGGAAGGACACAAAAUUUCAGAAAGGCCAGCAUGGAAUACAAGUCACUAAUAGCAGUGUGGAGAUCUAUUCAACUGAUUAGACGGAGGGUUUUCCAGAUUUAAAACGAAAAGUGACCUUCGAAUGAUGAAUGCAAUAUGCUUUGAGGAUGUUAUCAUUACAUAGCUCUAUAUUUCAUUAACCACUGCAUGUUACGCUGUUAAAAUUAUGGACCUUAGUUGCCAACUGUAACUACAGCCGUAUACAUGUACUUCUCAUCAUAUAACACGUGCAAUAAGCAUCUCAACGUUACGGUUUGUGCAUAUACUAAAUAAUGCAAAUUAAUUUAUAAACAUUUUAAAGUGUGUCUUGGUUUGAGAAACCAGUUGUAAAUGAAGAUGUUUUGUCAUUAUUUUGAAAAAGCACUAAUAUUCAUCUUAAUUCAUAUCACAUGUUAUGAGAGAGACUCAAUUUUUUUUUAAAUGAACAUAAACACAGCAUACAUUUAUAAUACCAUUCCAUUUCAGAUAACAACAGUGAUCUAUUCUUUCAUCUUUCCGUUAGCCAAAUUAUCUUAAAAAUGGGCAGGCAUGUUUAGUCUUUAUAUGUAUUUCAAUGACAGGAAUGACUCUCAAGUGUGUCCUGUCUUCAUACGCUUACAUUUAUGGAUAAAUAAUUGACAGAAAAUCUACAGUACUUUAAUGAAGGUUAACUUACCUUCUCAGAAAUGUGGAUUUUUCUUGAAGUUUAUAGUCUAGCGGCUGUGCCUAUGUUUUAAAGCAGUGUAUGCUGAAUUAAAUAUUGUUUCUCAGUUACAUGCCUAGGGCUACAGCUGGGGUGUGUGGUGCAUUGCAGGUUGUACAUUGGGCUCCGGUCCAACUUGGUAAAAUCUCCAGGAGCCCCCAGAAGCUUUCUUCCUGCUAAAGAGUGUCCUGAUUAUCCUGUACAUUAUGCUACAGCAGACAAUAUCAUAUUAGUGGAAUGUGCUACAGUUUAUUGGCACAUACCACUGAGAACCACUGUACAAAUAAACAGUGGCGUGUGUCUGUGACUCUGGAUCAUAAGAUGCCAUAUAACUAAAUGUUAACAUGGCUUCUUCUAAAAGCAUCAAACACCAAGAACAGGUUUGCAAAGACAAUACACAUACAGUAUCAUAAGAUUUCUAACAGAGGCAGUCAGGAUUAGAUUUUUUUUUUCUGUUGGCAUUUGAGAGAAUUUUGUCAUUAGUCACUUACCCCCGUGCCGUUCCAAACCUGUAAAAGCUUUGUCUUCAAGACACAAUUUAAGAUUUUUGAUGAAACCAGGAGGCUUGUGACUGUCCCAUUGACUGCUAAAACCCAUCUGAUGGGGAUAACUUUUUUUUUUGCUUGUUUCAUCUGACCGUAGAAGCCAGUGCCGUUUGAAGUUCCAGUCGUGUCUGACAGCUGUAUAUGCUGGAGUUUCUCUGAGCUAGGAGAAUUUUUACCCAAUUGAAUUGUGGUAUUUUUAAUUAGGUUAAAAAGUGUUUGCAAACUCAAGUCUGUACCAAAUAAAAUGUUCAACACCGCA